AUGUCCACACCGUUAUCGCGGAUGAUCGAGGCGCCCUUAUGCACCAUCCCUCGAGAACUCGCCGUCAUCGAGCUCUCAAGAUUGGAAGAACUGGAGCAGUUUGGACCAGCCGUGGACUUGGUGCGCUACAAAGACGAGGCUGCUGCUCAGCGUACGGUCGUGUUCAAGUACGGCAUGAUCUUCCAAAGAAGACUCCGAAUCUGGAGAGAAUUGCACUUGCUCAAAAGUCUGCCAAAACAUCCGAACCUCGUCGGACUGGACCGCGUCGUUCUGGAUGAUCCACAUUCGCAAGUCCUUGGUUACACAACCCCAUACAUCUCAGGCGGCACUUUGGACGAUGACCACCAACGAGUUUUUCGACUGAGUUGGUUACUCCAACUUACAUCUGUAGUUGAUUACCUCAAUCUGCAACUGGGUAUCGUGCAUCAAGAUAUAGCGCCACGCAAUAUCUUGAUCGAUUCUUUAUCUUCCAGUCUAGAGACUGAGAAGUUACGGCUGUUCGACUUUCAUUACGGCGCUUUUGUUGGCCUUUCAGGGUGUAUGCCUGAAAGAAAUGAUAUCAAAGGCGUCGUAUUCACUCUAUAUGAGAUAUUCACCCUAGACAGCUCAUAUCGAAGCGUGCCACAUGCAGAGCAGGAUCUCGAGUCAGUCCUGAACCUUGAAGAGUGGCCGAUACGGCGCAGUCUCGACAGCGAUAUCAUGACUUUCCGUGAGCAUUUGAGUGCAUGGGUGAAGCAGCGAGACACACAUCAAGCGAAUGCAUUCAAGAACGAGGCUCUAUCGCUUACCGACAUUCCUGAAAUGUCUCCUCCAAGUCCUGUCGUCAUGAGUAUCGGCGAAGACGGGAAGCCUGUCUACGAGAGCUCUGUAGUCCAGAUGAAGAGAGACGCUUUGAAAUUUGGAAACGGAUUGAUAGCAUGGGAGCGUGCUCCUGCUAAGAUGCAUCGGUAG